UUGUGAAAAGUCGAGGUCAUCUUGGACACUUAUACAAAGCAUAACUGUGAUGUUUUUUAUGUAUAUUAAAUUGAGGUAUAAUCUGAAAUUUGGAAAUGGCUUUAAUAUUGACAAAACGAUGUUUCUGUCCCCAUUCGCCAAGAAAUAUGAAAAAAUUAGCCCACUACUUCGUUAAGCCUGCAAUAGAUUUAAAGAAUUGUUACAAAAUAUUGGAGAUAGAAGAGACCAGUGAUCAAGAACAAAUACGUAUGGCCUAUUUGAAGUUAGUCAAGCAAUAUCAUCCUGAUAGUGGUAGCGAGAAAGCUAAUGCACAUAAAUUUCAAGAGAUUGAUGAAGCCUUUAAAACCCUAAUUAACAAAAAUUUUAAAGAGAGAUGGGAAAUUCCCGAGGAGGCUGUGAUUCAACAAGAUAUUAAGCAUACGGCUCCACAACAUAGACAGUACUUGAGUUUUGAGGGUGUGGGUUCAGGAAAUCCUUUCCAAAGGGAACGGCAAUAUUCUAAAGUUCGCGCUAUGCAAGCAGCAGAGAAUGUAUAUAAUCACAGGGUGGCGAAGGUCACCGCCGAUGAUAAGGCCCUGCUCGAAAAAGUCCCUUUGAAGCACAAAAUAAAGACCAAAUAUGGGUUUGAAAGAUUGGUUGAAGACUUGAUACAGCAGUCAAUUUCCAAGGGGGAAUUUAACAAUUUAAAAGGUAGCGGCAAGCCUUUGCCUGAACACCAGCAUAGAAAUCCUUACGUGGAUUUUAUAACGCACAAAUUAAACGAGGUAUUGAUCGACAACGGAUUCACUCCGGAAUGGAUAUUGCUCCAGAAAGAAAUCCGACUUGAGGCGAAUGGGCUGCGAAAGGACUUGUUUAGGGAGAGACAAUAUUUUGGCCCAUAUCCACUAUCGGUGGAGGAUAAUAUCGAGUGGAGUAACAUAGUGUAUAGGUACCAAACCACCGUAAAUAGAAUUAACAAGAAAAUUGAGAAAUUUAAUUUGGUCGUGCCCAUCUUGGAUAAGCAAAUGGUUCAAGUUUGUUUGGAAAUGGAGGCCCAAAAGGCGGUAAUUCAAGGAAAGAGUUACGAGGAUGUACGAUUCGAAAUGCCGCAGCGAAGAGAGAAGAAAAGUGCAAGCGAAUCCUCGGAAAACGCGAAUUUAUUCGGACUGAUUGAUUUUAUUUUCGGAGGAAAAUAAAUAAUUGUAAUUUGUUAGAGUGCGGUUUUAGAAAUAAAUAACUUAUUUUGAAAUAGUUGUAAAUUGUAAUAGUUAUUUUUAUUGGCUUUUAAAGAUAUCAAGGCAAAUAAAAAAACAAAAUGUUGGGUAAUGACAUGUUAAACAAAAUAUAACAAUUUUCUCAC